AUGCCUAGUGCACCGAAGCAGCGCAAAAUAGCUAUUGUUGGCAGUCGCUCUGUGGGUAAAUCUUCUCUUACAGUUCGAUUUGUUGAACAUCAUUUUGUAGAAAGCUACUAUCCGACGAUCGAAAACACGUUCAGUCGAAUCAUCAAAUACAACGGCCAAGAUUAUGCCACUGAAAUCGUUGACACAGCUGGUCAGGACGAGUACAGUAUAUUGAACUCCAAGCAUUUCAUCGGAAUACAUGGGUAUAUUAUUGUCUACUCGGUGGCUUCACGUCAGUCGUUCGACAUGGUGAGGGUCAUACGUGACAAGAUUUUGAACCAUCUUGGUGCCGAUCAUGUACCCCUUGUGCUUGUCGGAAAUAAAAGCGAUCUCAAAUCUGAGCAACGCCAGGUGUCUCUAGAUGAAGGCCGGCAGCUUUGUGAAGAAUUCCAUUGUGCAUUUACUGAGGCUAGUGCUCGUCUCGACUAUAAUGUUGCGAAAGCGUUUGACUUAAUGAUUGGGGAGAUCGAAAAGUCGCAAAACCCAUCACAGCCGGCAGGAGGCAACAAAUGCGCCGUAAUGUGA